AUGAAUUCCCAGCACCCCCUGGGGAUUUGGGGGAUUCUCCGGGAGCGGUGGUUUGGCUGCCUGAGCGGAGCCGGUCACAAGCCUGGGCUGACGGGGGAACUGCGGGCUCUUACAUCAGCUGUCCCUUCUGUCCCCGCAGUGCUGCGCUGGCCGGACAUCCCGCAGGGACGCGGGGACUCCCAAGGACAGCAGGACCCCCGUGGUCCCUACCGCUACCACCUCCUGCUCUCCCGCGCCGAGGAAUUCCAGCGGCAGCUCCGGGUGGUUCAGGCGCAGCUGAAGCUCUUCAAGCAGCCGCUGGCGUCCCCCGAGAUGUCCCCGCGCGGCGCCUCGGUGUCCCCACCCCGGGUCACCAUCUACUCUCUGCAGGGGGACGGAGAGACCCCCCAGCUCGUGCAGAGCCAAGAGCUGGACCCCGAUUCCCGGAGCCUGGAUGUGACAGCAGCCAUCCAGCCCUGGGUGGCCGGUCCCGAGGCCACGCUGCGCCUGGAGCUGGACUUCACAGCCAACGUCUCGGCCGCCCUGGCCGCCUCAGAGGGGGAGACGCUGGUGCUGGAGGUGGAAACCCGGGAGAACACGGCUCGGGGGGCCAGGAGAGCCCGGGGGCUGGAGGAGGAGUGCGGGAAGAGCGACGGGAAGUGUUGCCUGAAGUCGCUGAAGGUCUCCUUCCAGGACAUCGGCUGGUCGGACUGGGUCAUCGCCCCCCACAGCUACUACAUGAGGUUCUGCGAGGGCUCCUGCCCCCACAACUACAAGCCGGCCAACAUGCACGCCCAGAUCAAAUCCCGAGUGCAUUCCCUGUCCAGGGCCACCCCCCCUCCCUGCUGUGUCCCUGCUGGAUACGACCCCAUGGUGCUGAUGCACUACGAUGGCGAGGGCAGGCUGGUCUCCAGCGUCUUCGAGGACAUGCUGGUCACCAGUUGCCACUGUGCCUGAUGGCAUCGCCGGUGGCUCCAACUGGGAUGUGUCGCUGCCCAGCUGAGGCCUCCUGGAAGCCCCAGCAUCCCAAAAUUCAGAUUCUGUGGCAUUAAGUGCCUCCAAGCCAGCCCCGACUCCACCAGCUCAGCCCCAAGAACCUCCAGCUCCAGCAUCCCAAAAUCCACACCCUGUGGCACCAAAUGACUCCACACCAGACCUGGCUCCACCACUGAGCUCAGCCCCAGAACCUCCAACUUCAGCAUCCCAAAAUCCAGACCCUCUGGCACCAAGUGCCUUCACAUCAGACCCAUCUCCACUGUCCAGUUUAGCCCCAGAUUCUCCAGUUCCACUCUGGGGCCUUCAGCUCCAUUGUCCAACUCAGCCCCGGGUCUCUCCAGUUCUGGAUUCCUCUCCACAACAACAUAUUCCCUCCUCUCUUUUCUUAUUUAAAUCCGUAUUUUAUUUAUUAAAUCCAUAAUUUGUUUUAUUAAUCCUUACUUCAUUUUAUCUUCCCACCUGAGAUACCCCAAAGGGGCCGGGGUGGGUCUGUCCCAGGGUGUCCACAUCCCACUCCAUCCUUCCUUCUCCGCUCUUAUUUAUUUAUAAUUCUAUAAUUAGAAGUCUAUAAUAGAAUAGACUUAUUUAUAGAACCCCUUUAUUUAUUUCUAACUUAUUGUACUUUAUAGCAAAGUGAGCUUUUUGGGGGGGGGAAACAAGGUGGGUUUUUUUGUCUAUUUGUACUUUAUAUAUUUCCAUAAAACUGGAAGGAUAUA